CGGCUCAGCGUUCAGUCGAUCUGUAAACAGCAAACGCGACGCGUCCUAGCCAACCCACAGCGCAUUGCAGCGGAUCUAUCAGCGAACACGAUCGAUCCAUUCAUUGGCUAGAAAUAAUCAAUUUGUGUUUCCCAUUUGACUGCAGUUAAAAUGCAAAGAAACGAAUUAGGCACGAUCGAUACUCGGCCAAUUGUGCGGCACUAAAAGCGAGCGGAGCGGCAAUUGCUACGCCACAUUAAACAGAUUCUAAAAAAAAAAAAAUAAAUAAAUAAAAUAAAAUAAUAUAUAUAUAUAUAUAAAUACAAAUAUCAGUACAUAACAUAAAUAAUUCAUUUGCGCGGGCAACGGUCAUCAAAAGUGCUAAAAAUAAUUUGAAGAAUAUAAAAAAGGUGCAAAAUAUAACUAAAAUAUAUAUAAAAUAUUUCUUCUAUAACAUAUAAAUAAUAUAUAACGAAAAUGAAGUUCAUUUGCUGUGGCAGUAAGGGCGCCAUGUCGGUCAACGAGAAUGCCGCUAAUAUUGAGAACAAAAAGGAAGCGGAAGCCGAGGGUAGCACAACUUAUGGUCUGGGUGUCCGGCACUGGCAAACAUUCCUGUUUUUCUUCGCACUGACGGUGGCCUAUGCCCAGCGCGUCAAUCUGUCUGUGGCCCUGGUGGCCAUGACAGAUGCCGCUGCCGCCAAUCCCGCUUUUCCGGAGUACGCAUGGUCAGAGAAGACUAAAUCAUUGAUCUUGAGCAGCUUCUUUUGGGGCUAUGUGCUGACCCAAGUGCCCUCCGGUCAGCUGGCUCGCAAAUUUGGCGGCAAGAUCACAUUGCUGGUGGGUCUGUCCAUCUGCUCCGUGCUCAAUGUGCUUACGCCCAUCUUUGCCCGGUGGGGCGACUGGCAAUUGGUUUGCGCGUUGCGUGUCGUUGAGGGCUUGUGCCAGGGCGUUGUCUUUCCAUCGGUGCACACGCUCAUCUCCGCCUGGGUGCCGCCCAAUGAGCGACCUGUCCUGGGCACCUGCGCCUAUGCGGGCAACCAGUUUGGCACGAUCGUCAUGAUGGCCACGAGUGGCCUGCUCGCCUCCUCCUCCGCUGGCUGGCCGAGCAUCUUUUACGUUUCCGGCGGCGUCGGCUGCCUUUGGGCCAUUCUAUUCUUCAUCUGGGGCGCCAGCUCACCGGCGCACUACAAGAAGAUCUCCGUGGAGGAGCGCAAGAUGAUUGAGCUGGCGCAGGCGAGCGAAUCCGUAUCGGAGCAGCCCAAAGAGAAGCUGCACACGCCCUGGCUCAGUUUCUUCACGUCGCCGGCCUUCCUGGCGCUGAUCGUGGCGCACAGCGCCAACAACUGGGGCUUCUGGACGCUGCUCACCGAAAUUCCCAGCUACAUGAAGAAUGUCCUCGGCAAGGACAUCAAAUCGAAUGCGUUGCUCUCGGCCCUGCCCUACUUCGCCAUGUUCUGCAUGUCGUUUGUCUUCUCGGCCAUUGCCAUGCAGCUGAACAAGCGCAACUGCAUCUCGACCGAGGUCAGCCGGAAGCUCUUCAACUCGAUUGGCAUGUGGGUGUCGAUGUGCUCGCUCAUCGGCCUGGCCUAUGUCACCGCCGAUCAGAGCACUAUGGCCGUCGCUCUGCUAACCGUGACUGUCGGCUUCAAUGGCGCCUGCUAUCUGGGCUUCCAGAUCAAUCACAUCGAUCUUUCGCCCAAUUUCGCGGGCAUUCUGAUGGGCAUCACCAACUGUGUGAGCAACAUCAUGAGCAUCAUAGCACCUCUACUUGUCGGCUUCAUUGUGACCAAUGAGCACGAUGUGGAGCAGUGGCGCAUUGUCUUCUUCAUUGCAGCGGCCAUUUAUCUGGUGGGCAAUGGUUUGUUCGUCAUCUUUGGACGCGCGAGUGUGCAGCCCUGGAACGAUCCUCCAGCCAAGCCACGUCGCAACUCUACGCCCCAGGUGGAGUCUCAGCACUAGAGACUCAUAGAGAGUGAAAGCGAGCGAACAUGAGAGAGAGAGAGAGGGAGAGAGAGAGAGAGAGAGAGAGAGUCUAGCUAGUCAUCUAGUUAACAUUUCCAACCCACUAACUGCUUCGAUCCGCUGUGUUCGACUGAAGCUCAUCAAUUUAAAUGUAAUUCGAGUUUUGAUGUAUUCUAGCAUCAUUUGCUAUUUGUAUAUCUAUAUAUACAUAUACAUAUAUAUGUAUAGAUAUAUAGCUACUAUUUGAAUUUGUCGUCUUAAGUUUAGUGCGUAGUCUAUAACUAAGUUCCCGUUGCAUAUGUAUAUAAAGACCAAAUAACGAAACAGAAAACAAAUACAAUAAUAAAAUGUUAAGAAACCAAA